AUGCAGCCCAAAAAGAUGGCGGCGUUGGUUAAAGUUGCGGCGGCGUUUCUUGGCCUUAUAAGCAUUGUAACGGCGGCGGAGGUGACGGGGAGCCGCCGGGGACAUGAUUACGGCGACGCCUUAUCCAAAAGUAUCCUAUUUUUUGAGGGUCAGAGGUCCGGCAAACUGCCCACUAACCAACGUUUGACUUGGAGAAGAGAUUCUGCUCUAAAAGAUGGUUCUGAUCACGGUGUGGAUUUGACAGGAGGAUACUAUGAUGCUGGGGACAACGUUAAGUACAGUUUUCCAAUGGCGUUUUCUGCGACGAUGCUGGCAUGGAGUGUGGUGGAAUAUGGAGGAGCCAUGGGAGAGGAGAGGCGUCAUGCUUUGGAGGCGGUACGGUGGGGGACAGACUUUUUGUUGAAGGCUACAGAGAAAACUAACGUUGUAUAUGCGCUGGUUGGUGUGCCUGUCGAGGAUCACCAUUGCUGGGAACGGCCGGAGGAUAUGGACACUCCUCGGACGUCUUUCGCCGUCACCGACAAGUCUCCGGGCUCCGAGGUUUCUGCAGAGAUUGCGGCUGCCAUGGCUGCCGCUUCCUUGGCUUUCAAGGCUUCUGAUCCUCGUUACUCCAAAUUGCUCCUGCAAAGAGCCUCCCAGGUUUUUCAAUUUGCUGAUAAAUUCAGAGGGUCUUACAAUACCGGCCUAGGGCAAUGGAUUUGUCCAUUCUACUGCGAUUUUGGUGGCUACCAGGAUGAAUUGGUAUGGGCAGCAGCAUGGCUCCACAAAGCCACAAAUGACGCUAAAUACUGGAAUUAUGUGAAGCAAAACAUUCAAGGCAUGUCGAUGGCCACAAGUGCGUUUGGAUGGGAUUCCAAACAUGCCGGUAUAAAUGUCCUCGUCUCUCAGGUUUAUUUCAACCCUUUCAUUCUCAAUGCUGAUGCACUCGUCUGCAAUGUUCUUCCCGAAUCGCCUUCGAAAUCCGAGAAAUUCACUCCUGGUGGACUUAUGUUCGUUGACUGUAUGUGUAACCUGCAACGUUCAGCAGCUGUGUCGUUUCUUUUUGUUACAUAUGGAACGUAUUUGCAGAAAGCUAAAAGGACAAUCAAUUGUGGCAACGUUGUUGUCACUCCAGCUAGGCUUAUAGAAUUCGCAAAAUUCCAGGUGGAUUAUAUAUUAGGAAAUAAUCCGAUGAAUAUGUCAUAUAUGGUGGGGUACGGGCACAAGUAUCCGGAAAGAGCACACCACCGAGGGGCGUCAUUGCCGUCGAUCGGCGAUCAUCCAGAGCCCAUGGGGUGCUCGGGCUGGUCAUAUUUGAAUUCCUCAAACCCAAAUCUUAACUUGCUGGUCGGAGCUGUGGUCGGAGGGCCUGACGGAAACGACCAAUUUGCUGAUAAUAGAAGGGAUGCUAAGUACUCGGAGCCUACUACUUAUGUUAAUGCACCUCUUGUUGGCAUCUUGGCUUAUUUCAAAGCACAUUAG